CCUGCUUAGACGUCCAGUAAAACCAUAGAAUUUCAACCAUAACGUGAAAUUUUACAGGAAGUUUUCCAUAGGCUAUAUUAAAUAAUACAGUCGAUUUGGCCUUUUCAUGUAGUUUCUUUUUUGCAUACAUGUCAGUUUUGUUUCAAAGGGUUGGAGAAAUUAUUCAGGCACUUUUAAUUCUGGGAACUAUGCUAGCGUAGCUAUCGGCGUCUACUGAUUCACUGCCAUUAUUUCAUGGGCAGUCUGUGUUGUUGGACAAGCUAUGAGCGGGGCCAGUUGUAAAGCCAACGGUGCCGUAUACCCGGCCUCAACAGUCGUGAUGAACUCGGUGAAGAAACCGAAGAUGGAACAGCUUCAGGCCGACCAUGAGCUGUUCCUACAGGCCUUUGAGAAGCCAACUCAAAUAUAUAGAUUUCUCCGCACAAGGAACCUGAUUGCACCCAUAUUUUUGCACAGGACACUGACCUUCAUGUCUCACAGAAACACUCGAACAAAUGCCAAAAGGAAAACUUUCAAAGUGGAUGACAUGCUGCAGAGGGUUGAGAAGAUGAAGGGAGAACAGGAAUCUCACAGCUUGUCAUCACAUCUUCAGCUUACUUUCACUGGAUUCUUCCACAAGGAUGAAAAGCCAUCUCAGAAUUCAGAAAAUGAACAAAGCUCAGUGUCUCUAGAGGUGCUACUUGUGAAAGUCUGCCAUAAAAAACGAAAGGAUGUGAGCUGCCCGAUCAAGCAAGUGCCUACAGGUAAAAAGCAGGUGCCUUUGAACCCUGACUGCAACCAAACCAAGCUAGGAGCCUACCCCUCGCUCCUGGUCUCCAGCAACGAGUUUGAACCCAGCAACAGCCACAUGGUCAAGUCCUACUCGCUCCUGUUCAGGGUGUCCCGCACAGGGAGAAGGGACGUCAACGGCCUGGUCAACGGGGAGGCCAACGAGAACAUAGAUGUGUCAGAGCCUCCCAGCAGGAAGAAGAGAAGCUCCUCCCACAGAGAAGAGGGGGAAACCACAGAGACGUUUGUUGCACAGAUGACUGUCUUUGACAAGAACCGGAGACUACAGCUGCUGGAUGGGGAGUACGAGGUGUCGAUGCAAGGGAUGGAGGACUGCCCCCCCAGCAAGAAAAGAGCCACAUGGGAAACCAUUCUGGAUGGCAAGAGGCUGCCUCCGUUUGAGACCUUCUCUCAGGGACCCACUCUGCAGUUCACCCUGCGCUGGACGGGGGACGCCAGCGACAAGUCCACCGCCCCCGUGGCCAAGCCCCUGUCCACCCGCAACUCGGACAGCUCCAGCCCCAUGGAGAGCAGGACCAGCACGCUCAAAACUGCUCCACUGGCUGUGAAGGAGUCCGUCGGCACGGACGUGCAGCUGAGGCGGGAGCAGAUCCUGUGUGAGCCGCGUCAGAAGCUGAGGAUCUUCUACCAGUUCCUGUACAACAACAACACGCGGCAGCAGACGGAGGCCAGGGACGACCUCCACUGCCCCUGGUGCACCCUGAACUGCAGGAAGCUCUACAGCCUGCUGAAGCACCUCAAGCUCUCCCACAGCCGCUUCAUCUUCAACUAUGUGCCUCACCCCAAGGGAGCGCGGAUCGACGUGUCCAUCAACGAGAGCUACGACGGCUCGUACGUGGGGAACCCUCAGGACAUCCACAGCCAGCCCGGCUUCGCCUUCAGCCGCAACGGCCCCGUCAAGAGGACCGCCGUCACACACGUGCUGGUUUGCAGGCCCAAGAGGACCAAGCCCAGCCUGUCUGAGUUCUUGGAGUCGGAGGACGGCGACCUGGAGCAGCAGAGGACCUACGUGAGCGGACACAACCGCCUGUACUUCCACAGCGACAGCUGCAUGCCCCUGCGGCCCCAGGAGAUGGAGGUGGACAGCGAGGACGAGAGGGACCCCGAGUGGCUGAGGGAGAAGACCGCCACGCAACUCGAAGAGUUCACCGACGUGAACGAGGGCGAGAAGGAGGUGAUGAAGCUGUGGAACAUGCACGUGAUGAAGCACGGGUACGUUCACUUCAUCGCCGACAACCAGAUGAACCAGGCCAGCAUGCUGUUCGUGGAGAAGUGCGGCGCCUACAUCGCCCGCAGGAACCUCUGUCGCAACUUCCUGCUCCACCUGGUCAGCAUGCACGACUUCAACCUGGUAAGCGUGGCCACGAUCGACCGCGCCAUGGCCCGCCUCCGGCAGAUCCAGGAAGAGCUGCCCGACGCCGGGGAGGAAGACCAGGCUCUCAUUGGUGGAGCCUGCAACGGGGCCCUCGCCAUGGUUACCGGCGGAGGCAAACACGGCAAGAGGACGAAAAGCUCCGUGACGGACUGAUCUUUAUUAUUCUUUUUUCUUCUUCUUCGUAUUCCUUACAUUUUGCACACUUUGGUGCUCAGUUAGAUGAAGGAAGUUGUCAAUUGAUAACUUUGACAAAGUAAAUCGACAAACACACGCAUUCAAACAGGUUUUUUUUUCUGCAGGACUAACGAGAACACGACCAAAUAUGGACAAGUGGGCACACACAUACAGCCGGCAGGCAUUGUGAGACUCAAAAUAAUGUUGAGGGACACCAACUCAUUAUGCAUUUUGUGAGCCAAUCAUUGCCAAAUUUGGGCAAACUGGCGAUCACGUUCAAGGUUUUAAUCAUGGGGCGGCUGCCUUCCUUAUCACACGUGUGACUGUAACAGUGUCGUAAGCAAUUACUGCAUAUUGGUAACAUUGCCACUUGUGAUUAUUUGUACACAUAACCCGGUGGCCCGUGUUUUGUUUUCUUCUUCCUCCUAGCUGAUUCUUUUAGCACUUGGUAUACAUGUAUUUAGUGAAUUGUUAACAACUCGAAUCACAGUUUGUUGAAUCUGGUCUGCAUCAUUUGUCAGAUGCACCUUGUCUCCAAAAUCCUCUGAAAAGUCCCUUAUUUCCCCAUUUGGAUUAACCAUUUCAUUGAACUCUUGCCAUGUAUGCGUGGUAUUCAUGUUGGUCAUGUCCUUUAGUAUGGUUGGAUAACCGAGGCCGUAGAUGGUGUUUCAGUAGGAUCCCACACUGAUCUAUCCGUCUGUCUGGAGGUGAAGACGACCGUGUCAGUCAACCACACGCUGCCAGCAUGUCACUCCUGUGUGGACGACAUCACCUUCAAACAAGACCAACCUGUCGGUUUUCCCCUAGGGGCGUUCAGUGUCACGGUACGUAGGUUUGGGAGUGCUCAAAAUACGAAAGGCUUUGGAUUUCCUCCACUCGUUCAUGAACUGAGGUUAGAAAUGUGAUAAGUGUUGUUCUAUCCUUAAUGGGAACACUUUGUAUGCAUUGUAAUAAUGUCAAUAUUUAGCUAUAUCCCAUUGUGAAUCUGAUAAUCACUGGUUACAAUUUUUUCUCGUUUGUUUCUUUCUCAAAGCAAUAUGCUGUAUGUUGGGUGGUUAUAAGAUCCUAUUUUCAAGCCUAUUCGGUGCAGUUUAUGCCAAAGGGGGGAAGUGUGUUUUUUCAUCAAAGUCUCUUAGUUCUGCAUUUUUGUUUAGCCAUUUAUUUCCUUCGGUUUAUGUCAGAAUUGAAAUGGCAAGCGCUCAAACGCCUUAGUGAUAUUGUAUGUUCCAUUGUGUGUGCACAGACUGAACAGAAGUAUACUGUUUUUCCUGGGGAAUAUAUAAUGUCUUCAGACCUCACAACCCGAUGGAUAAUUCUGGUGUUGUCCCGUAUAUUGUUAUGCAGGCUUUGGUCUUUAGGAAUGGAGAGAAGUGAUCAAUUCAACACUGUUGUCAAAACAAACCACCCUGUUGUGAGCUAUCUUAUAAACUUUGGAUAUGGGGAAUUUUUAUAUUUAAAAUAAAGUACAUUUGACCAUA